AUGGUUCUGUCGAACGUUUUUGAUCAGGCCACAGUUUUCAAGCCACACACAGAUUUUGCAAGGCAUUUAGAAAAAAUUGAUGAAAAGAGGCACUGUCAGGGUUAUGCCAAAAAGUACUGCUCUGGUGGAGAUGAUGGGUCUAUAGUUAUUAUUGAUACAGAGAAACGAAAAAUUGUACAAAAGUUGAAUGGCCACACGAGGCCCAUAGCUUGCCUCCAUGCAAAGGCAGUCCUGAUAUCCAUUCCAAUAUUUUCAAACUAUUUUUUCUCCGGGGGCGAGAAAUUACUAGCCUGGCACAUCGACAAAGGAAUGAUUGAUUCGUGUAAACCUGUCGAGAAUGAAGAUAUUUCCUUUAUGCUGUCAUUUAGGAAUCAGUUCAUUUUGAUUGCCGUUGACAAUUAUGUAGUUGUAAUAGAGGUGUUGAAGAAUGACAAGAAAGCCAAAAAGAUCAAAGAUGGUGAUGAUAAUGAGGAAGGAGAUAAUGAUGAUGACGACGAUAAUGACGUCACGCCAUCAUUCAACCUUCAGAACCAAUUAAAAUUGGCCUCACAUAGAGAAACGAUAACUGCACUCAACAAAAUUGAUGAUGACUGUUUCCUAACUGGUAGCUUGGACGGUUCUAUAUAUCAGUGGUCAGUCAACAACAAUUGGUCACCUGUUCACAGAUACAAUUACGUUGACGGUUACCUUGGUGAUAUGAGAAUAUACCCAUAUAGUGUUCAGUCUAUUAUUACUGUUGGAAAAUUUAUAAUAGCUGGGCACGGUAACAGCAUUCACAUAUAUGAUGCAGUGGCCAAAUCUUUAGUGGUCAGUAAGGCAACUGCACAUGAUAGCAAGAUCACUUAUUUGUCGACUCUUUAUCAAGGCGUUAAGCAUGGAGAUUUGAUGAUUGAGUCCCUUGGUACCUGUUCGUUGCAUUCCGCCUCUGUCAUGAAAUGUAUAGCAGUUGAGCCAAAUAAAUUCCUUUCAUGUAGCAAUGACUUCCGAGUCAUUCUCUGGAUGGAUGGCUUUUCUGAAAAUCGGAUGAUCUACAAAAGGCUAAGACACAUGAUGCCAUAUUGA